GCACGCCACGCCACGCCACGCCCCCCGCCAGGCUCCUCGGAAGCUGCCUAGGAGGAGCGCUCAUCACAGUGAUCAGCUGCUAAGCGGAAGCAGACGAACGCCGAUCACAUCGAUCAACAGCCGAGCGCAAAUUGCCAGGUUUGGGGCGGGCUUUGGCGCCUCGCUUCCGGGACGCCAGCGGAUGUUGGGGUUUGAAUCGGGUGUCGGUUAUGACACUGCUGAGCCUUCGGCGUGAGGCUCGGAGCCGGGGAUGCUGCUUGCGGAGCUGCCGUAUGGUCCCUCAGUUCGAGCGCCCUUGAAGAUUGAAGACCUUGAGGGUGCCAGUGGCCAUUGCUGAGUGAGAAAAAACAUCUUUCAAGGGAAGUUCCAAAGAGUGAACAGCUAGAAGAAAGGUACUAGAAUGAAUGAAAAUACUCUCUGCCGCUUCCAAAGCCCAGCCUGUGUCCUCUGUCAACGAACUGAUGACUGUCCCGAAAAAUAUGGAGAAAAGAGAACUUACAAGGAAUACAAUCUCACUGUUCAUUACUACUGCUUGUUGAUGUCAAGUGGAAUUUGGCAGAGGGGUGAAGAAGAUGAAGGAGUUUAUGGGUUUUUAAUCAAAGACAUUAGGAAAGAAGUAAACAGAGCUGCAAAAUUGAAAUGUAAUAUCUGUAAGAAAAAAGGUGCUUCGAUUGGAUGUGUAGCACCCAAAUGCAAACGAAGUUAUCAUUUCCCUUGUGGGGUUCAAAGGGAAUGCAUUUUCCAAUUCAUGGAACAGUUUGGGUCAUAUUGUUGGGAGCACCGGCCGGUUCAGAAACUUCCAUCUGAUGAAUCUAGAGGCUCUUCACAGUGUACAAUAUGCUUGGAAUUUGUUGAGCACUUUCCAAUGUACAAUAUACUGAAAAGUCCUUGCUGUAAAAAUGCUUGGUUUCAUAGAGACUGCUUGCAGUAUCAAGCUCUGAGUGCUGGGGUAUUUUUCUUUAGGUGCACAGUGUGCAAUAAUAAAGACAAAUUUCAGAAUGAAAUGUUGAGAAUGGGAAUACACAUUCCAGAAAAAGAUGCAUCCUGGGAACUUGAGGAGAAUGCAUAUCAAGAUCUUUUGCAGCGUUACCAACACUGUGACGCUAGAAGAUGUCUGUGCAGGAAUGGGAGAGACUAUAAUAAACCUGAUAGUAAAUGGGAAAUCAAGUGCUGUCAGUGUUGUGGUUCCCGUGGAACGCAUUUGGCCUGUUCCCCAAUACAGCCAUGGGAGGAAAACUGGGAAUGUAUAGAAUGCAGAAGUAUCUUCACUAAGUCAGGGAAUUACCAAAAUCAGAAAAAACGCUCGUUGGCUACCUCAGAAAAAAUAGAUGUUACUGGUCGUUUGUUGGAAGAGCCCUCUCCCAAGUGCCCCAGACAGUCACCAGGAUCCCAGCACGGCUUUCUUCUCAGCUUUUCCCUUUCCAGGUCACCAAAGAUGUUGUACAAGGAGUCAAGCUGUUCCGGCACAUUAUUAGACCUUCCAGCAUCUAAUAAGAUGGUUAUGUCCAUAUCCCCACUGAUCAAUUCUUCAUCAAGGAAUCUAUCAGUAAGGAGAAUGCAACUAAGAAUACAAAAAAGAGAAGCUGCUAAUAUAUUGAGGGAAUUAAAGUUACAGGUUAAUAAUACAAAAACUACAAGACUGAACAUCAACAGAGACAAUAUCUGGAGUAGUGCCUUAAAAGGAUUCAGAGGGCGAAACUUCAAUCCUGCAAACACUGUGGAAGUGAAGUUCACAAAUUGCAAGGGUAGAGUAGAGACAGAUGCUUUCCAUGGAUCAAAACAUGAGUUUUUCCGAUUAUUAAUGCUUCAUCUUCAGAACUCAUCACUAUUUGAGGGCUCUUACUCAAAGAACUUAUCUCUUGAUUCUCAAGCCAUAAAAGAGAAUUUAUACUAUGAAGCUGGCAAAAUGAUUGCAGUUUCUUUGGUUCAUGGUGGUGUACCUCCCAGUUUCUUUUCCAAAACUCUGUUUAACUGUCUUGUUUAUGGAUCAGAGAAUGUGAAACCAACAGUGGAAGAUGUUGCAGAUUUUGAUGUAGCACAAACAAUAAAAAUGAUAAAAUCAUCAAGAACUCUGGCCAGCUUAAAAUCUACAAUAAGUGACUGCUAUGAAUAUCUUACUAUUGCUGGAUGUUUAAGACCUAUGACAACUCUAUGUGAUAAGGAUAUGUUGGUGAACGACUUACUGAUCUAUCAUGUAAUUAAGCGAGUUCAUUCACCUUUUGAAAGCUUUAGGCAAGGUUUGAAAACUCUUGGUGUAUUAGAAAAAAUACAGAUGCACCCUGAUGCAUUCUCUAGCAUAUUGUGUCACAAACCCGAGAGACUUUCAGCAAGAAUUCUUGGUGAUCUCUUUACAAUCCACUGUUUAUCAGGUGUAAACAAAGUCAAAGGUGUUGAUUUCUGGAUGGGUUAUUUACAAGAUGUGGAAGGUGGUGAGUCUGCAGCAACACUGGAAGACAUUCUGGUCUUUGCAACUGGUACCAGUUCUAUCCCACCCAUUGGUUUUGAGCCUGACCCCUCAGUUAAAUUUCUGCGUAUAAAAUACCCUGUUGGAAACAGACAACUUAACUGCUUAGAACUUCCAAUAACAAAGACGUAUGAGCAGUUUAAAAACAAAAUGGACUUUGCCAUCAGCAGCGCACUAAGACUAGAAGUAGAAUAAAUUUUUUUUGUUACUAAAGUCGAUGUCGCAAAUUCAGUUUUUCUGUUUGUGGGAUGUUCCUUCUUGUGAGCUGCUAUUACAUUUCUGAGCAUUGAUACCCUCUUUUCCCAUCUCAGUUUUCCCCCACUGGUUUACAAAAAUUGCUUUUGUUGUUUGUCCAUAAUAUUGCUCUAGUUUGGAACUUACCAGAUAGUCUAAGCCCAAAUAGGAUUUUUGUAAUUGGUCAUUUUAGGUUACAAAGCUGUUUUAAAAAGUUGUAUUGGUUUAAUGCAUAUGCUCACAAAUCAAACUUGUUUGGGAAAAAAAUAAAUGGACACAUCACUAGAUCAAUAGGCUAAAAAUACAUUUAAAUUUGGAAAGUCAGUAGUUCGUGUACUUGUGUGCUGAACUUUUGAAAAUUAUACUACAAGAUAUAGAAAUUAAAAUUGAUAUAAAGACAUUUUCAGGCUAAAAUUGGGUAUGUAAUAUUUUUAAUAUCUCUUGAAUCAUAUUCUUGUUGAAGUCAGAUUUUGCCCUUGACUUCAAGGGGAACUGACAGCAUAACACUUUAAAACUGCCAAUUUUGCUAUAGAUAAAUAUGCAAGUUUAUAAGUAUUUUCAGCACACUGUGCCCUAUCAGUAGGUAUAGGUAAUGCUCUACUCAUGGAGGUAACAUGAUUUAUCAAAGACAAAGCAGGCACAUUUUUUAGGGUGGUCAACUCUAGCUUUUUAUAAUGUCUUUGAAACAGGCUAUUACAUUGUGUCCUUGGAAAAAUCAACCACAGUUCAGAACUAAAUUUGCUUUCACUCUAAAUUUCUUGAUUCUUCGGGAUUUAAAUCAAAUCUUUGUCAUUUGCACAUGGAUUUUUAUAUAUCAGUGUUACACUAUAAAUUGUUAUACAGAGUCAAAGGAAUAAAUAAAAUUCAGAAGUAAAAGAUCUGAAAGUGUGACUCUAAUAAGUGUUUUAAAAACUAAACACGAAAUUGUUAGCCUUACAGCUAUUUCUACAGUUUAUUCCCACUAUGCUAGUUAGAACAAGAUGUUCACAUUUUACUUAAACUGAAUUCAGAGUAAUUUUGAUAAUAGCUUGCACCAUAAUUUCUUAUUAUCAUUUAUCUUGAUCCUUGUUCCAAAAUUCUGUUGCAAUCAAGGUCCAGCACUUCCUUUUUAUGCCCUUAUGCUAAACACCAUUUCUUUCUCAAUUGUUAUUGCCUUUUGAACAGCAUCAGCUACAGUUGGUACAUUUAACAAACUUAAUAUUUGCAAUUCUACAGUAAUUAUGUACCAUUUGCUUCUCAAAGAUACCGCAGUGGCCAUGGAUAUCUGGAUCAAUUAAUGUUUAGUUUUUACUGAGAUGCACUGUAGCUCAUUCAUAAUUAAGGUAGUACAGGAAACAUUUUGAUGUUAUUAAUUUUAAAGAUUUUUUUUUAAUUAAGAGGGGGAUGGAGAUGAGUUACUUGAUGAUGUAUCUAUACAGAAAUCUCCUGUUGGAGAGAAAUAAGAUUGUAUACUUUGUUAGUUGAUUUUUUUACACUUUUGAUAUUUCUCUUAAAAGCUGUUUUGUUAGUAUUCAGUUGUAGAUUGAGCUUAUUCUUAUUCAAUUGCUCUUUGUUACUUAACUAGAUUAAUAGGAAAAAAUCACAGCUAUCUACUCUAUAUCUCAAACAAAGGCCAUCUUAUUUAUAAUUCCACAUGGAUUCUUAACUAUUCAGAUUCCUUGAAAGAAUAAAAAAAUAAAAUAUUAGCCACUUAGAAGCAAGUUUACUAAUAGAUUACAGGCAAGAUUCACCACUUUGUGUUUAAAGGCAAACAAAAUAAAACCCAAUCCCCCUACAUCCUCCUCCCUUCCUCCCCCUCCCCCCCCAAAAAAAAAUCCUGCACAAAUACUCAUAUAGUCCAAAGGAACUCUUUGUGGGAAAGAAAAUCCUGUUAGUGAUGCAAUGGAUGGAUAGAUUUUAAAGAAAUCUCAGCUAAUGCAGUUUUUUCAAACUGACUGGAGAUUUUUUUUUCUUUUUCUUUUUUAAUGAUUAGUUGCAUGCUUUCUCUAUUUUCAGCUACUAAACUGCAUUCAGAAGUAUAAAAAUGUAUAAUACUUUGUAACUCUCUUUAGUUCAUGUACACUAUUGUAGCUGCCACUGGAAUGUUCUGCAAGUAUGAAUGGAAUUUGAGGUGGUCCAUGAGAUACUCUGUUAAAAUUUGGCACAUUAUGAAAAACUUUGAGAAUUCUCAGAUUCAGGCUCAGAUUGUCUUAUUUAAACAUUUAAGAUAGCUGAAAAGUAUUUUAAUGACUGGUACAAUUUAUCUGUUAAGCCAUAAAAAACUUUUCUCUGGAUUUUUGCAAGUACUACAGUGCUUUUUUCAAGCAUUUCUCCCUGAAUUGUCUUUUUCCAUUGUUCAAACUACAAACCAUAUCUGUCAGGAAAUGUCUGGAGAGUGUGUAGUUUUUAAUUUUACAUCUCAGAAUCUCUGAAAAUGUCUGAAGUAUAGACAUUUAUUUGUAUUUUUCCACGCCAUAUUUCUUUAACUACUUUGAAAGUAGUCUCCCUUUCUUCAACAUUUAAAACGCAUAGUGAAGUAGGUCAGGAUCUUACUCUGGUUGUGGGCCAAAAGGCUGGUAGACUCUCUUUUUGAAACAAAACUGAUUGUAUCUCCGAGUUCCACUGACUAGUUAUUAGAAAAUGUUAUUCCAUUUGUUCUGCUAUUGUACACACAACGUUCUUGAUUUUAAUUCUCAUGUUUUCUCAAGAAAUUGUUCCAUGUGUUCUUUCUGUCCAUUAUUCUGAGGAUCUCCGCUCUGGAGAUAUGGCAAAGGUUUCUGUUUUCUGUGGUGCUCCACUGCUCAGAAUUCUGCAGCAGACUCAUAUACUUACGUUGAACUAAAUAAGAAAAUUAAUGCAGCAGCUAGUGCAACAUUCUUUGUUAAUUGUUGCUUAAUUUGAGGUUUCACUUAUUUUGUGGUGUGCUGCAUAUUUUUUUGACUAGAAGCAUGUAACUUGUGGAUGUAAUGUGGGGGAGAGCUGGUGGUUUUGGCAAAAGAACAAGUGUUGGGUUGUAGGCACUUCAGAAGGCACAGGAAGAGUAAAAUCAAUGUUGACAUUUAAAUGUUAGAUUUUGGAGUUGACCUCAAAUUGAGAUGAAUGGAAACAGUACACGUCUGACCUUUUUGGGUGCUAUUGUUUCAAGUUUUCUGCUGAUUUAAGACAACAGUUAAUUUGUUUAUUUCUGGGGAAUGUUUAGAAGACUAUCUUGACAACUAAAAAAACAAGACAUUUUCAUUAUGGUUUAAAUUUAGAUUCUGCUGCACAAUUGUGUGGAAAAAGGUGGAAUCUUUAGAGAAUUCUACAACUUUAGAAUACUCAGGGCCCUGAAUAUAGCUUUGAAAGAUUUAACUUUAGUUUUGAAAGUCUCAUAGUGGUUUGUGUUCUCAUUCCUGGACUAUGACUUUGCAAAGUUGGUAAAGAAUAUCUCCUUUCUUGUAAUGUGUGUUUUGCUUCAGUUAGGCAUUCUAAACUAAAUUAAUCCUUGCUGCAACUCCAGUAUCGUCCUGAGAAUUAAAACAGAGAUUAAUUUGGCCCUUACUGCUUAUUUCUCAGCAUCUGUCAUGGACAUAACAUUCUUACAUUGUUUGUCAUUUUCAAUGUCAUUCCUCCUCAUAUUCUCAAAAUAUAAGUAGCUUUACUAUAUUUAGAAAUAAGUUAUCUUGCUGAAGCACAAAACUUUCAUUAGAAAGUUGAGGUGUAGAAAUAGUGAGCAACUUAUGUUACUAUGUCAAUCAACUGCUAGAAUUAAAAUUUUAAUUUAUAUAACACAUCAUUAAAAUUGAAUAUGCUCAGGUAAUUUUGCCAUUUUACAAAAAAUAAAUAUACAAUUGAAGCAAAACUAGGAGUUAGGAAAGUUGCUUAUUUCAAUCUCCAGUAUUAACAAGAGUGUUAUCUGUUAAACAUACAAUAUAAUGGCUUCUUACUACACGAUUUGUAUAAUAAACAUACCUUUGAUAAGAUUCGUGAUUAAGGUCAGAAGAGGGACCAUCAUGGUCAUCUAGUCUCACCUUCAGACACAGGCCAUAGAACCUUACCCAGUAACUUCUGUCAAGCUCAUAACUUCUUUUUGAGGUCUGCCAUAUUUUAUAAACAAUUUAUUAUUUGUUUUUCAUGGGAACUUUAUUACAAAUAAUCUUAUAUUUUAAAAAUCUAGUAUUAAUCUUGUAGUCUUGAAGUUUGUGAAUCUACAUUUUUAAAACUAGGAAUAGUCAAAGUCAAAUAAGAUGGCUGAGAGGAAGUCUUGCCAAAAAAAUCUGUCUGGUGUCUUUUUUAUUAUUAUUAUUAUUAUUAUUAGGUGUUAUUAGCUAAAUAUAUUCAGAGUGAGAAGUAACCAACCUUAUGUUCUACUUCAGGCUCUACAGCAUUAAGUGUAAUGCAAAUCUUUAACAAACUAGGUUUACAGUUCUUCAUUAAAUAGCUUCCUUGCACUAGGGUAUACAUACACAGAGUUUAGUAUUUAAAGAGGAGUGUUUAAAAUAUGCACAGCAGAAAAUGGAAAAUUGUCAUUAAUCCAACUCCUUUAAUUCUGUGGCUUAUACUUUUAAAAAAAAGUGCCAAUUGAUAUAAACUAGUAUUUUUUCCUCAAAUAGGGAAGCAAUAAAUUAAAUAAACUCCUGAAGCUGCAAAAUAUAUUUUAUUUUAGAGUAGUUUUGUUUCACUUUAUCAGCUAUAUAGGAUUUAAAAUUGUGGUAUUAUGUUAUUGGUUUAUCAUAAGGGAGUUACCAAUUCCAUAAAAGCAAAAUGGGAAUCAAAGACUAGUUUAUGAAAAGUAGCAUGUUAUAUAUUUUGUUUUGCUAAAAGAAAAUGAAUAGAAUAUCUGAAUUGUGGAAGUAUUAAUGUUCUCUGGUAAAAAGUGCAGCAUUUAGCAUUGUAUGUAACAAAGCGAAUGUUUAGAAAAACUAACAUCCGUUAUGUAUAAUAAUAUGCAUUAUGGAACUUGCAAUUUUGUAAAUAUUUUGGCUUUGGUUUUUGCCAUAGCUGUGGGGUACAAUGCCUGAAAUCUGUUGCAGCUUCAAGUAACAUACUUAACAGCUAUAAUAUGUCAGUGUUGCUCCAUGAAGUAAAUACAUUAAUUGUGGGAGACAACUGUCAUGUGUAUAAAAUAUUUGAAGUGCAAUAAAGUAACUAAUGAUUCAGUUAGUAA